AAACCUAGGCCGGAUGAAAUGUUGAAGAGAACAAACUCGCAAUUCAUUCUUUUCAUUUUUUCCGUGUGCUCGUGCCGGCUUAGACAAGUUAACAUCUUGCAGUGUUUAUGCUUAUUGUCCUAAUCUGGCUGUUUUACUCUAAGCCUUCCUAGUUAGCUCCACCAACCUCCGUCAGCUGGCACGAAAUGAGAAAGAGUUUGUACAAGGUAUAAAUGAAGCGGAUCCCAUUCCCCACAAUGCGCAAUAAACCAGUCUUGAAGGGCUCCUUUCCUCUUUCCGGAUCUGAUGUCUGUGUCCGGCCACCCUAGGUGGUCGUUCCUGUUUACGACCCUUGUAGCGGCGCUGCUCAGUGGGAACCAUGCGAUCGAUAUCUAUCUCGAAUGGGAUGUGGCUCUUGACUACACGAUUAGUCCAGUAUCCACAAACCAACCUGUUAUCACCAUCAACGGAAUGUUCCCAGGACCAUUGAUCAAUGCAACGACGAACGAUUUCAUUCAUGUGAACGUCCACAACAACUUAGAGGAGCCACUACUCUUCACCUGGAACGGGAUACAGCAGAGGCUGAACUCAUGGCAGGACGGAGUCUCGGGUACAAACUGCCCGAUCCAACCAGGUACGAACUGGACCUACGUGUUUCAGACCAAGGACCAGAUCGGGACUUUCUUCUACUUCCCCUCAAUAAAGUACCAGAAGGCAGCUGGGGGUUACGGGCCAAUUCGGGUCAACAAUAGGAACGUGAUCCUCGUGCCGUUUGACAAGCCCGAGGAAGAGUUUGACCUUCUCAUAGGGGAUUGGUCGUAUGACAGCUACAAGAUGAUUAGGUCAUCGUUAAAUGACCGAUUGAUUGCGUCUCAUAUGAUACCCGACGUGAUACUGAUGAAUGGGAAAGGUCCAUAUGAGCACCCGAUGGGGAAGGCGUACGAGUCCUUUACUGUCACCAAAGGGAAGACUUACCGGUUUAGAGUAUCGAAUGUGGGGAGUGUGCUGAGCUUGAACUUCAGGUUUGAGAACCACAAGAUGGUCGUGGUUGAGACUGAAGGUUCCUACACCAGUCAGAUCACGGUGGACUCUCUUGACAUCCAUGUAGGCCAGUCCUACUCGGUCCUUGUCACAGCCGAUCAGAAUGAAGCUGAUUACUACAUCGUUGCAACCCCGAAAUUGAUCAAUGUGAAAGACUCUGACAGCCUAGUGGGUAAGGGGGUCCUGCACUACUCGAACUCAGGUUUGACGGUUGAUGUCUCUCUCCCCAGUGGGCCCGAUCCCUUUGAUGUCGAGUUCUCGAUAAAUCAGGCCAAAUCCAUAAGGUGGAACAUGACUACAGGGGCUGCGAGGCCAAACCCGCAAGGGACAUUUAACGUGACAAACGUGACGAUAUCCCAGACCUUCAUCCUACAGAACUCCGCGGAAACAAUCAAGGACUUGCCCCGAUUCGCUGUGAACAACGUUUCCUACUACACGCAGAGCACCCCGUUGAAGCUUGCAGAUUACUUCUUGAAUGGAUCUGGAGUCUACCAGCUCGAUGAGUUCCCGACACAGUCGGUCAAUGCCCAGGCAGCAUACGGAGUAUCUGUUGUGUCCGUCAAUCACAAGGGGUGGCUCGAGGUCAUGUUCAAGAACAACUUGGACGUCAUGGAUUCUUGGCAUUUAGACGGAUUUGGGUUCUAUGUUGUUGGAUUCGGAGACGGAGGCUGGACUCCAGACGCUCGUAGCACCUACAACCUGCUCGACCCUGUUGUCCGAUCGACGGUCCAAGUGUACCCAGGAAAAUGGACUGCAGUGUAUGCCUUCCUCGACAACCCAGGAAUGUGGAACCUUAGAUCGCAGCACCUCAAACACUGGUACCUUGGCCAAGAGCUAUACAUCCGAGUUUAUGACCCCGACCCUAAUCCCGCCAAGGAGCGUCCUCCUCCCGAUAACCUCCUCCUCUGUGGAAUAUUUACCGAUUCUGCUGGUCCAACUCCUGGUCCUGUGGCGGCUGCACCUGCAUCUCCUGCUCCUUGGUCAGGGUGGUGAUCAGAGUACAUAAACAAACUGACAUGAUAUUGUUAUACCCUAAAUUAUUUUUGCAGUUAAUGCAUACUGUUAAAGGUAUUCUUACUAUUAUUACUGUAAAAUAAGAGAGAUAAUCUGAUAUUUCAGUAUAAAAUUAAGUUGAUGAUAUGCAAUUUCUUUUCUGUUAGAAACUAUGUAGCAGAUAAAAGGGCAUCAAUGCAGUGCAUG